AUGAGACAAGCUGAAGCCAUGAGAGAUUUAGAACAAAUUCAAUUAUAUGAUUGGAACCAUAUAAUAGAAUUUCUACAAGACUUUUAUGCCUUAGCAAGCACUUCAGGAAACUAUUUUUCUACAGAAUUAGGAGAAAGAUUAUUUACCAAAUUACCAGGACCAUUAGGUCAUGAAAUUCAAGAAAAUUGGAAGAAAAUAGAAGUUAAUAAUGAAUUUGAUAACAUUGGAAUAAGAAUACAAUACAUUAUUUUUGAAUUAAAAAAAAUUACUUAUAUCCAAAUUCAAAAAGAAUUAAAACAAAAGAAUGUAGGGUUCUGUAAACAAAUUUAUAGUCCUCAAUAA